GGUGCGCUUGGUUGGGCGCGUUUAGUCAACCUGGUGGCGCCGAAGAAACAACUGUUAGGCGACGCGACUGCGAGUCGAGGAGUAACCUGCGGAGUUGGAAUUGCGGAGUCAGUUCGUAAUCGGCGCGUAGGGCGGGGGAGAGAGAGAGAGAGAGAGAGGGAGAGAGAGAGGGAGAGAGAGAGAAAGAAAGAGACAGAGAGAGGGGAGAAAGAGAGAGAGAGAAAGAAAGAAAGAGAGGAGCGUGAACCGGGCCCCGACCAGUUCGGCGAGUUCGGCAGUGCCCAAGUGUCUAGGCGGAGUGUUUUUCGAAUUCGUGGGAGACUCGUGUGUUUCGCGGGUUAUUCGCCGCGGCGGGUGCGCGCGUUUUGUGAAUCGCAGGGCGGAAUCCUCGUAACAGGUGGGGCGCAAUGGUGGCCAAAGACCCGAAGAUGGUCACCGCGAUGGAGCUGAUGAAUCCAUACGAGAAACCGCCGACCAUGUCGGUCCGCCAGACCAUGAGGACCUUUCUGUACAAUCGCGAGACCGGCGCGUUUAUGGGCAGGACCGCCAGUAGCUGGGGUAAAAUUGGACUUUUUUAUCUAAUAUUCUACGGCGUUCUGGCAGCGCUCGUUGCCAUUUGUUUCUGGGCAUUCUUUCAAACGCUCGAUCCAAGGAUACCGAGGUGGCAACUUGAGAGAUCCAUUAUUGGAACAAAUCCAGGACUGGGAUUCAGACCGAUGCCGCCGGAUGAGAAUGUGGAAAGCACUUUGAUUUGGUACAGAGGCACCGACAGCGAAAACUUCAAACACUGGGUUGAUUCACUGCAAAAAUUUUUAAAAGAUUAUAUAACACCCGGAUCUGUUCUUGGUCUUGGCGCUAACAUUAACAAAUGCGAUUAUAAUCAGCCGCCGCCACCCGGAAAAGUUUGUGAUGUUGAUGUGAAAAAUUGGCAUCCUUGCACCAAGGAGAAUAAAUAUAAUUAUCACAAGUCCGCUCCUUGCAUUUUCCUUAAGUUGAACAAAAUUUAUGGCUGGAGACCAGAGUUUUACAAUGAUACUAAUAAUUUACCGGAAAAGAUGCCACACGAUCUCAAAGAACACAUUGUUAAUCAAAAAGGAAACAACUCCUUGCAAUUGAACACAAUCUGGGUAUCCUGUGAAGGUGAAAAUCCUGCUGAUCAGGAGAACAUUGGACCAAUUAACUAUUUGCCACGACGCGGUUUUCCUGGUUACUUUUAUCCUUAUGAAAAUUCCGAAGGAUAUUUGAGCCCUCUAGUUGCAGUGCACUUUGUUAGACCACGAACUGGAAUUCUGAUAAAUGUCGAGUGCAAAGCAUGGGCAAAAAAUAUCAAGCACAGUCGCACCGACAAAAUCGGCGCGGUCCAUUUUGAGCUGAUGAUAGAUUAACGACAUCUAAAACUAGCCUUUGACUACCUAUGCAAGUCUUUUAAAGUAAAACGAAUGUCUCGUAGACAUUUAAGGUAGCCAUUAGGCAAAUUUUCAUCUUCCAAAUAAUAAAAAUGUGAGCAAACAUCUCUUCGAAGCCGACAACACGUUGCCGACUCUCUGGACGAUAUUACUCGAGUACAAAACAAAAAGAGUUUUUGCAAUAGGUGUUCCCGAAAAUUUUCAAGGAUUAUAAAUGAAAAUCGCGAAUUUUAAGAGAUUGCAUAUGUAUGUGCUGAAUGAAGAUAUAUCGGCGAAGAUAACGACUGAGAAAGGAGACGCUGAUAUCAAGAAUUAGAGCGUUCAUUGAGAGGUUUUCACUAAACACCUUUUACAGUAUCUUUCACAAAUCCGCUGUUUAAGAUUUCAUAACGCAGUAAACACCAACUAACGGUUAUAAUAACGUCAAUAUUAUAUAAUCUCUUACUCAACAAUGUAACAAUUAUGUGCAACAUGUGUUACAUUACAUUUAUAAGCGAGAAAUUAUAAUAUUGUUAUUAUGUAAUUGUUAGUAAAUGUUUACUGG